CGCAAAUCCGCUCAUUAAAAUUCUCUAACGAUAAUCACUACCUGAUCAUGGUUUCCCAGGUAGAUCCUGUACAUCUUUUGGUUCGCGCAUGGGACACAUACAGUGGUAUCUCCUGCGCAAAUUUGAAAAUAGGGUUUCAGGGGGCAGCUUCUGUGGAUGAACCUCUCUACACUGCAUGUUCUGUUUUCAAUCGAGAACCACAGCUGUUUAUACUGUGUCAACGCAAAUACCUUCUCCACCUCAGCUCCUGGCGUUGGGAUCGCCAGGUUCACACGCUCCCUAACCAGGCGGUCAACGUAUUCGUGCGUGAUGAUGACGAGGCCCUGAUUAUACUAGGUGAUAAUGGGAGCGAUCGUCGGCUUCGCACCUAUGUCUUGCCGAUCCCCAUUUCGGGCAGGCCCGAACCAGCAAAAGUAGCGCUCAGUAACCUGAACCAGUAUCGGCCAGCUCUAGAUAGCGCCGUACUGACACGCACAACAAGGGGACAGAUUGUGUUGGUAGUGGCCACCGCAAGGGGCGAAUUCCUGGCUGUGAAGCUUCCAGACGGAACCUGAGACUCGCU